AGAGAGCUCAGCGUCUCGUCGUCGUCGCCACUGAAUUCGAACUCGCUGUGCACAUUCGUCAGUUUAGUCUGACAAGUCCGAUGGGACAACAGAACGCGACUUGUAGCUCGCAGCAACGCAGGCGCCGCGUCGCCAUCAUCGUCGUCGUCGUCGUCUGACGUGUUGCGCGUGGUUCUUCGCCCGCGGUGUCUUGGGCAAUUGCGAAAAAUAUUUAUAAACGCGCCUUCAUCUUUCGGCAGAACGUGGCAGCGGUCCCACCUUGGAAGAAGUAUAACAUCGAUUUGGAAAAUUCUACUCUGAUUUUCGAGUUUAAUAGUGUUAUAAAAUUCCUUGUUUGUUUUUCCUGAGAGUGCAUAUCUUCAUGCUGCGUCGAAAGCAUAGAAAUGUUGUCUGUGAAUAGAAAUAAAUGAACAGCCGAAACGCGAAGUGUUGGUUGAUUUUUACGUGUUCCUUUUCCACUGUCGGUGUAUGUGAUUUGUUAUUCUGUUCUCGGCUCGUGGCGUACCAUAAAUACGGGGAAGAAAUUAAUUAGAACAGUGCGCAACACUCGGUCUAGUUUGCGAGAUUAAAAAUAAUGGAAGACGACGAUCUGCAUCAGCAUCGGUCCAUCGGUGCUCCCCGCUGUGACUUUAACCGGCUGAGCACCAUCCGGGAACGUAGCAGUGGCAGUCGCAGCAGCAGCAACAGCAGCAGCAACAGUGAUGAUUCAGAAUUCUUCUCGGAUCUACCGCUGCCCCCGGUUCCACUAGUGAAAACAGACGAUAAACUGCCCAGAACUCCGUCCGAAGAGUUUCUCUACUCACGGAUGGUAGACUUCGACGAUGAACCUGCGGCAGCGUCCCGGGAAGAUCUCCGAUCCAUCGACAGCGGUACGACCAACACACUGCACAAAGGUUCUUGGAGCUCGGCCAGCUGCUCGGUGGACGAGGGGAUUCUCUACUUGGAUGGCGACGAUGGGGAUUUCGACGAGUGUUCGUCUGCCUACCGAGACAAAUUACCAAUCCUAAGAUCACUGUCUGCGUCACCGGAGCUGCUCUUGCAACAGCAGCAGCAGCGAAGGCGAAAACGGAGGAAAUGCCGCAGACGCAAAGCAGAUGACUCUACGUGCCGUGACGAGGAUUUCACCUGGGUUAACAACCGUUCCGAAGCACCGAAAGCUACGAUCGAUUCGGACCGUCGAUCGACUUCUCACACCACCAUCGGAGGUCGAUCAAGCCGAAGCCACACUCACGGCCAUGAACCCAGCUUAAACCGUAAUCUCCUGAGCCCAGUGCUGGCUCAACCGGGAGCUCUCGGCUGUGGCAAACCUCCUCGUCCCAUGACGGGUAGCCUGGAUAGAAGACGCCAUCUAGGAGCGAAUCGCCACGAGCGGGACUCCAAAAGUCGAAGCACCCACUCGCUCAAAGACAAGUUCUCUUCCUCCGAACUCCAACAACAGGACUCCCACUCCAGCAAUUUGAGCUUGAACUCCAAAGGUAAAUCCUCCAGCAAGCGAUCGACCAGUGUGAAAGGAUCGAAUGAUAAACUUUGGAAUUUUCAAGAACACCACAAUGACUCCGGAAUCUACCACAACUACAACAGCAGCGGAAGUAGUCAUCACCACCACCACAACAACCACAACAACAACAACAACAACAACAACAACAAUAACAAUGGUCAAAGGCAGAGCCCGGGGAUAUGGGAACCUCCACCGCCACCACCAGUUUCUCACUGGGAUCCGCACUACUACUGGAACUGGAACAACCACCACCAGAGCCGAGAGGAGCUGCGGCUGAUCGACUACCACCGCCGACAACAGGCGGAACUGUAUCGAUACGGCAGCAACGGAGCCCUUAGCAGCACCCAGGACUUAUCCUGCUCCAGUGGAUGCUGCAAUCGUGCGUACUACCCACCACAGCCACCGCCCUGUUGCUCCUGCGAGCACAGCCGACCCAUGUGGGGCAAGGACUGUCAGGUUGGCACUAUUAGACGUCAGGACACGGACGAGCGACUGCGCCGGUUGCAAUCGGACAAGGAAGCCAUGGCCCUGCAGGUCAAGGUACUGACCGAGCAGGUCCAGACGCAGGGCACCAAGAUCGCCGAUCUGGAGCGGACCGUCAGCGAGAAGAACCAGCUGCUCUCGAAUGCGGACGACCUACUGCAGCGAGUAAGCCAAUUUGCCAAAACCGUUGGCAUCCAGAUUGACAAACAGAAAGAAAUGCUCUCGCGAUCGUCACUGGAAACGCAAAAAUUGGAGCUAAUGUCCGCCAUGAGUGAACUGAAGCUGCAGCAAGCCGCCUUGGAACGGGAAAACCUGGAGCUGCGAUCUAGUCUGAUCAACGGAACCCCCCUCAGCAAUGGCAACCACCUGAACGGGGGCAUCCUCAAUAGCAAUACCCUGAACAACAACAACAACAACAGCAACAGCAUUGCAGCUAGUCUUCUGCGACGGACCGGUCGAAUGGUAACGUCCACUCCGGGCAACUCAAUCAACUCGUCCCCGCUGCAUCACGGUAGCCACGGUAGUCUACCGCAACAGCAAACGGCCACCUCACCUAGUCCCGUUACACCAAAAACGCCCCCCGCGUCCUACCGGCAGCGGGUGGACCUACACUACAGCAGUCUUCCACGGCAAGCCUUUGCCACAACGCUAUCGACGGCCAGUGGUUCCAGUGCGGGCAGUUCCGGCGGCACCGACGCCAACGCCAACCUGAAGCGCAACGUAGCAUUCGGUAAUUGUUUGACCACCCUAGAAACCUAUAUCAAUGCCAUCAACCUUGAAGCCGAAGCAGCGGCAGCAGCUGAAGAAUCUGCUUCUGCUUCCUACCUUUCAGCUAAAACUCUGGUCACCGGUGCCAAUGGCGCGCCACCGAACCGACCUGCGGCUGUAAAUAUGUCUGCAUCGAUGAAUGCCCUCUCGCUGUCCGCUGCGCUUGGUCAGUCCAAUUUAAAAUCGCUGAAACAGACGUCCGCUUCGGCGCAGAACAUCUACUGUUCGGUGGAGCCAUAUGCUCCUUCCGGGAUGAUCGAAUCCAAAUCCGAUCGAUUGAUCGAUUUCGAGCAGGACCAUUCGGAAAGGGCUACCACGGAACCGCCCCCGGGUGGGCCGGCGGACAGUUCCACGAAUUCCACUCCAAAGCUGGCCGCCGCCAGCAGUCCCAUUUUGGAUCGAGAGUUCCACCAGCGAUCCAAAUCGCAGCCACAGCCUUUCUCCGUUUCCGCCGAUCCACUGCAGACGAUGCUGAUUGGGGAGAUUCGUGGAUUUUCCGUGCCAAAUCUAGCCGACUCGGAAACCCUGUCGAACGAUCGCCUGGAUGGGCAAGCUAGUCAACGUAGCUACACGCCGCAGCCUUCACCGUCGCCGUCGAUGAGUCACAAAAAUCUGAAAGGUUUGAGGAACAUCUUCGGUAAGAUCAAACGAAGCAACAGCGGUACGCUGGAGGACGUCGACCCGGGAGAGUUCAAACGAGGUGGGGUCCGUGCGACGGCCGGAGCAAGGUUGGGAUGGAGUUCAGAGUUCCGACGACCGGAUAAACCUUUUAAGGAGUGGGACCUGGAAGUGCUGUGCCAGUGGUUCGAGCAGAUGGGACUCAGUAUGUACGAGGAAGAGCUUAGACGAUGGCUGAAGGUUGGUGGAGCGCCCGAACUGGUCCGAGCGUCACCCGUGGAUAUUGAAAAGGAGUUGAACCUGAAGAAUCCACUGCACAGGAAGAAGAUCGUGCUGGCGAUCGCCGACCUAACCGAAAGCGUCGAUGCGGAUGUGUUGCUCAAGAAUGCGGGCAAACUGGAUACACCUUGGAUAAUUCGAUGGUUGGAGGAUGUAGGACUGCCGCAGUACAAGGAUAGCUUUAUGGCAGCCAGGAUGGAUGGUCGCAUGCUGCACAAGCUUACCAUGGAUGAUCUAGUCACUUUGCACGUGUCUUCCUGUGUGCAUGUCGCCAGCUUACGGCGAGGCAUUCAGCUGCUGCGGGAGCAAAAAUGGAAUCCGGAUUGCUUCAUUCGACGAUCGAUGGCCGAUGAGAGCAGUGGUACCAAAGAAGACGUGCGGUUGUGGACUUGCUAUCGGGUUAUGGAAUGGCUCCGGGCGGUGGACUUGUCCGAGUACUCACCGAACCUGCGGGGUACUGGUGUCCACGGUGCCCUAAUGAUGUUUGAGGUGAAAUUCACCGCCGAACUGCUAGCUGAACUGCUUAGCAUCCCACCGAGCAAGACACUGCUCCGGAGGCAUCUGGCAACGCAUUUCAAGGAACUCCUGGGAAGAGACAUCAUCCAAGUGAAACGAGACGCAGAGAAUACGCUCGGAUUCCAACCGCUGACGUUGGCUGCCAAAAUCAAGACCCCAAAGAAGUCGCAGUUUUCGCUGAAGCGUAAGAAGAGCUCCAAGGGCGGGGACGAGUGGAGCGACUACGUCUGCCCGAUGGGUGGUGACUCAGGUCAGGAACAUCUUCCUCCCCAGCAACAACAGCAACAAUCAUCAUCGCAUCAAUCACUGUCCACUGCAUCCUCUUCCUCCUCCUCGGUCGCGGCGGCAGCGGCUGCGAGCUCUGCCGACACUUCCGUUGUUACUACUACCAGUGCCACUAGUGCCAGCAACUACCAGCAGCACAAUCAGCAUAGCUACAACUCACAUGCUUCUCCCUACCGCGCUAACACUAAUCCUGUCACUAGCAAUGCAAGCGUGGCUGUAAGUUGUCAAUCUUGUUCCUAACCUGUGGGUCAAUGUGUGUAUGUUGUAUGAUUGUGUGGUUCUGUGUUUUGGGGGGCAGAUGAUACAAUAGAUCAAGUGUUCGUAAAGCUAACCUCACUUUUAGAGAACAGUGCACGGUCCCUAACGCCACUUCUUGUAUACCUUUAAUUUUGUAUCAGAGUAAUAGGAAGUAAAUAAACCACCGGAAAAUGUCAAAAUUUUGAGGAUGAAAAGGGGAUGUUGUCAAAAUCCGUGCACUUAAUGCAUUCUGCCUUUUAUAUGAGAGUAAAAGCGGAUAGCAACCAAGGAAGCAAAAAUAUCUCCAAAUGACAAAAUGACAAACGAUCAACGAGUCGAACGAUAACGCUUUGUCAGAAGUGGAAUGCAAUAAUGAUAUAAACUUCUUCCUUUUUUCAUGACAAGCAGCGCGUACGACACAGCUCUCUCGGAGCGGUAGAAGGAAACGAUCAAAUUGAUGGCAAGCUGCUUCACGAAGUAAAGCCGAAGAUGAUACACGUGAAUGUUUUUGUUAUGUCUUUUCACGAUUCCGAUCAAGCUAUGUCCUCAACCAUGUAUAUUAGAACAAAGC